CUCGAACUCUACCACUCUUUCUCACUCUUUCUCACUCUGCCCCAAUUACAGCGCGUGAAAUGACUUCCCAGCCACGCGACAGUCCCCCGCCUCCGCCGUAUUGGCCCAGCCUUCGAAUACUUCGUACCACUCGCUCCAGGAACAGCCGACGCAGUAGGUACAUAGCCAACAAACUACUUGGCUCCAACGUGAGCACGCUUCGUUCCAGCAACUGUUGCACACGUUGAUUGUCCCAACUGCCCGAUCCAUUCGUUCCUUAUCGUCGUCGCGCUGUUAUCGAUCAUCAUCGUCGUCGUCGUCGUCGUUGUUGUCAGUUGAGAUGCACUGCUAAACUACAGUACACACUCGCUACGUACCUGUACUCACCUACUCACCUACCUACCUUACUACCUGAAGUCUCCUCCUCCUCUUACUCCCUCAUGGCAGGCCCACUGCAUGCCUCCAACCAGGGCGUCUUUGCUCUCCGCCAAACUAAUGUCUCCAGUCCUUCCGUGAUACACAGUCGCCCCUCCCUCAACUCAGUCGCGGCUUCCGAAGACUACUACUCUCUUUCCAAUUCGGGUUCUUCGGGGAGAUCGAUCGAAUCGGCCGCCCAAGCUCAAGCAUCACAACAGACCAUCACACGCUUCGGAACUCCUCCUUCACGAUAUCGUACUCCAGCACAGAGUCAGACGCAACUGCGACUCAUCACCCAACCACCACCACCCCCACCAUCAUCGUCACAACCACACCCAUAUCAUGCCACUGUCGAAGACGACCCCGACGAGCCAACGAGGAAGACUCCUCUGAGAGGAGAAGGCCAGAGACGGUUGAGUGCUGAGUUGGCUUCUGCUGCUGCUGCGCCAACGACAACAACAAUAACGCCCAUUCCUGCGGGUACUUGCGGUGUGCACGCAGGAUCCACCACUGUUCCCACUCCCUCGCAAGGACAGCUGCGCAACGGCGGCAUUAGAAGGAAGCCAGUGCCGAGCGUCGUCAUGGAGGAUCCAGAUCAAGCGAAAAGACUGACAAGUCGCAUAUCACCUACUAUGGCACAGAGUUCUGUAGCCAAGGACAUCAGUCGCGAACGAGAUGCCCCAACCCCAGGAGUGGACGACACUCCAUACAUUCACUUUGCGCUUGAUCAGCUUACUCGCGACGAGGAAGUGAGAGGGAGUCGGCGCUAUCCUGGCGAUGGAGGUCGCUAUUCGUACGAUGCAUUGAACACUGGAGAUGUUGCAGCGGCAGAAGGGAGAAGUGGAAACUGGCCAAUUCCUGCGCACAUCCAACAGCGACACCGUUAUGAGGAGGUGCUGCAAGAGGAGCAGCACGAGCCUGAGCGGGAUAUCGCAGUUGUACCACCAGCGAGAACCUCCGAUCGAUUUUCGAGCCAGGCUCAGCCUUUGAUAUCGCAACCACAAGAACAGAUCAAAUAUGCGACUCAAGCGGGGCCACACCAAGCAGCACAUCCGUAUGGACGAGUGGACCAACCCCAAGAGCCGAACGUGUUUAUCCCCGUCACGCAAGCGGAAUCACGACAACCGCCUUUGAACUUUGUUCCUGGCAUCCUGCGCACACCUCUCUUGGGACUGUUCAUUCUGGCACUCCUGGCUUACCUCGUGGCCCUGAUCAUCGCGGCAGCAUGGAGCAGAUCCAAUCGAGGCUUGGGACUGACACGCUACGAUGGCUUUGCAGACGGUAAAUACUUCGUGUUCCGCUACCUCCCCACCCUGCUCGGUAUGGUGAUCUUGGCCUGGCUCUUUCAAAUCGUCGCGGCUGUUUACAGAAUUGCGCCUUUCAUCGCCAUGACUUCUGCCGCUUCGCCUCCUAGCAGGCUGGCGGGUGCGAAGUUGCCUUUGCAGCCACGAAGCUGGCUCCGACCUUACUUUGGUCACUUUGGUGCUCGCAUGCCUGUUGUGGGCACAUUCUUGCUCCUUGCUUGGUUGCAGAUCUUCACGAUCCCGCUCCUGGCGAGCAGCUUCAAUGUGCACCAAGACAGCACUGGUACCUGGCACUGGAUCGCGGUGCAAGGCGCCAUUUGGGUCGUCGUCGGCCUCUACACCCUGCUCUUGAUCGCAUCAAUCGUGUUGCUCUUCGCGAUUGGUCGUACGACCACAGGCUUGAAGUGGGACCCUCGAAGCUUGGCAGAUGUGAUUGUGCUUCUCGAGCGUAGCAAUGCUCUCGAUGGCGACAGCGAGACUGUGCCACAAUUGGGCUACUUCCGCACCGCUAACCGGCCGACGGAUGUUUUCCACGCUUAUGGCAUCGCAGACAAGCCCGCACGCAGCUACGAAGUCCACGAAGGCCGCAUUCAAGAGAAGCGCUACUCAGACCCAGAUAUGGACGUGGAAGCUGGACAGCGAUACUCCAAGGAAUCCAUGAUACAUCUUCGUCACAAUGGCCAGGACCGUCAAUCGGCCAGCUCACCACUUCCGUGGUUCCUGAAGCCAUUCUUCGCUCUCCUCUGGCCCAUCGUCGCAAUCGUCCUUGUGCUAGCAUUUCUGAUCGUCUCCUACCUUCCCUCCACUCGAGUCUCUGAUGGUUUCGAUCCUAUGGUCGAGGCAGCUGUCGAUACCUUUGGCUUUAGUGGCACCAACUUCCUCUACAGCUUCCUUCCAGCUCUUCUGGCCACAAUCGCCCUCCUUGGCUGGUACGACAUCGAUCUCGCAUACCGCCGCCUUACACCUUUUGAGAGCUUGACGUCCAUCAACCACUCGGAAUCUGCCAAAAGUAACUGGACGGAUGACUUGACAGGCGACAUCGCAGAACGAACUCUCCUUCCCUCAUACACUGCCGAUUUCCCUAUCUUGAUCAGCUUAAGCGCCGCUGUCACUGGUCAUUACCGCAUGGCCUUCAUAUCGACCAUCACACUACUCAGCACUGCGAUCCCCAUCCUAGCCGGUGGUGUGUUCUGGGCACAAUUUUACAUUGUUCCGCAAAGAGUGCUGAUCUCCGCAGACAUGCCGGCUUACAUCACCCUCAGCGUCUUCGUCACGAUCUACGCUUUGGCGUAUCUGGCGAUUUGGCCCAGCAGCGCUUUGAGAGGAAGCGGCCUGCCCGAGAACAUUGACACCUUUGCCGGCAUCAGAGAUUGUCUGAGUCAGAGUCGCCUGUUGGAUGAUUUCACCUUCCGGAAUCCUUCCAGUAGGACUGAUCUUGUGACGAGACUGUUGUCGUAUUCGACGCCAGAGCGGAGUAAUAAGUUGGAACAGCAACAGCAGACCAUGUACUCAUCACGAGCCGGCGCAGAAGCGAGUAGAGUCUCUCUGGCGGACUCCAUUCGAGGCUUUGGGAGAGCGAGGGCACAGGCUGCUGCCUUGCCUGUCCCUGAUAGGGCGGAUGAUGCUAUGGGUCCUGCGAGAUAUGCCUUCAGCAGGAUCUUGGGAAGAGAUGGGAGGGAGUACAUGGGAAUUGAUCGCAUUAGGAGGCGGUAGACAUGGCGAUAGGCGUCUUUCCGUGAGUGACGAUGAUGAUGACGCCGACCAGAGUGGAGUGGAGUGUGAUUGGUUUUGCAAGCGACUUUAGCGAAGGUGUUUUUUGGAGUACUACUCAUCCACAUGAGCUAUUCGAUGGGAACAAGUCGGAUCUCGAUGAGUUUUGGAAUGACUGGAACGUGCAUAUGGUAUAACUCUGUAUAUGAUAUGAUGGCAUUCAUAUGGCGGAAAAACAGCAUCCCCAUGUGAGAAAAAGGAAGGAAUAUAGAAGAAGAAAAGCAUGAGAGGGAUGGCGACGGAAAAAGAAAACAAAGACGUCUGUCGAUAUGCAUACUUUCUUCACACUUCGCUCAUGAAUAUAAUAAAGCUGUGGAAGGAAGCUUGGAAAAGGGGAGGAGAGGAGAGAAAUGGGAGAAAAUGAAAGAAAUUCGAUGUGAAUGCUGUGAAAGUAGUAAG